AUGUCAUUGAAAUUUACGUAAGUUGAACAAUCUAGAAAUCUACUAUUCAUGUUGUAUUUUUGUUUCAGAGUGUCCGAAAUCAAAUGGAAAGCACCAGAGGGUCAAAGUGUUCUGAAAAUAAUAAACGAGACCAAAUUCCGAUUCGCCUACAAAAUUCUUUGUACAAAUAAUGAGAUUUAUUCAACAUCGCCAAACGAGGGAUUUCUGGGAUCUGGAUUCACACAAAAUUUGGUGGUUGUUCGUAAAAAGGGAGAUAUGAAAGAUGACAAAUUGGCAGUUCAAUAUGUUGAAGUAUGUUGUUGAUGAGAUAUUUUUGAGAAAGAAUAAUAUUCGAAUUUUUUGCAGACUGAUGACACCGUGGUAAAAGUGGAAACUGCUUUCAAAAAAGAGGGUGUUAUUCCAAACUUGUUCCUGAUUAAUAUGAAAUGUACAAUGUGA